AUGGCCCGCCUCGCCGUCGCCGCCGCCGCCGCCGCGCUCGUCGCCAUCCUCUCCGCCGUGGCGGUGACAGCGCAGAGCCCGAGCGCUGCCCCGAAGAUGGCCCCGCUGCCGCCGCCGCCGAAGAUGGCGCCCCUGCCGCCUCCCCCGGCGGCCAAGGCCCCCACCGCCUCGGCGCCGUCGCCGGUGACGGCGGCCUCGCCGCCGGCCCCGCCGAUGUCCCCGGCCUCGUCGCCCUCCGACGCGGCGGCUGCGGCGCCGGGCCCCGCCGACGCCGGCGCCGCGACGGCCCCGUCCAGCGGCGUGUCCGCGCCCGCACUCGCGCCCGCCGCGGCCGGGAAGAGCGCCGCCGGCGCCGGGAAUAUUAACAAUUGA